AUGAGUGAAGAGAUUGCUAAGUUGAAGGUGUGUUGUUCAUGCCAUAUCAUUGAGGUGAGAGUGCAAGAACUAGGAGCAUUGUUGAAGAAUUUUGAAGCGGGUGACAUUGGAGUUCAUGAUGAGGUUGUCAACAAGCAAUUGGUGAACUUUAGUGAUAAGGUGCUUUCUGUGGAACAAAAGCUUCAUAACCUUAAGCAAGAGCAUGAAGAUUGUCGUGUGGAUGCAAGGAAUGAUUUUGCGUGUAUUGAUAAGUUAAAGCUUGAAAUUCCGAUCUAUGCAUUGUGCGAAGUGAAGGAUGUACAACAAAAUAAAAAGGGAGGUAAUGAUGUUGAAGAAAAGUGGCUUAGUCAAGAUCAAGGGUUGGAGUUUCAAGUGAUGAAGAUUCAACUAGAUGAUGUCCACUUGCACAUUCUAAGAUGGCAUGCAGAAGAACGCAUUGAUGAUGGAAAACUUCGGCAUCCAGCUGACUCUCAAGCAUGGAAAAGUUUUGAUGAAAGGAACCCAAUACAAAAGAUCAAGCACAACUUCUUUCACCAUGAAAUAUAUUUCCGCCUUCAUUUUUUGACAGAGGUACCUAUGCACAUUGAAAAAACAAGUAGAAACUUUGAAGGUAUCAAAGGUUCUAAUUCAGAAAGCGGUCAUCCCAUUGGAAAAGAAGAAGUUAUUUUCCUUGGUGAUAUUGAAUGGAUCCAAGCUCAUAGAUAUGUGAUCAAUAGUUUAUCAAUUGUUGACGACUAUAAAAGUUUGUUCAAUGUAGAUCCUGAAGUUAAUUUUGUUAGCAAAACUGAAGAUGAUAGUUACAUUCAACAACCUAAUCCUGUGGAUAUUGUACAUAAUCACACAUCGUGGGCUAGAGCAGAUGUUGAAGGGGUCACACUUGACCCACCAAGUCCCAAGGCUAAAAGGAGUCGCCGCUUUGGUGAAGUUGACCCUAAUGAUUUAAGCUCAAUUGACGAAGAAAUAAUGUACGCUAGCGAUGGAUCUGAUGCUCCAAGUGAUGAUGAUGACUUUUUUGAACAAAGAAAUGUGGCAAAUGAGGAUUGCGAGGCUUAA